CUUGGUGCGCCGGCGCAGUGCGCUCCGCUUGGGGAGGCGGAGGCGAGGCGCCGGAGGAAAGAUGGAAGACUUCCAGGCUGCGGAAGAGACUACUUUUGUUGUGGACGAAGUGAGCAACAUUGUGAAAGAGGCUAUCGAGAGCGCCAUCGGCGGCAACGCCUAUCAGCACAGCAAAGUGAACCAGUGGACCACCAACGUGGUGGAGCAGACUUUAAGCCAUCUCACCAAGCUGGGGAAACCAUUCAAGUACAUUGUGACCUGUGUGAUUAUGCAGAAGAACGGAGCGGGACUGCACACGGCAAGCUCUUGCUUCUGGGACAACUCGACCGACGGGAGCUGCACCGUGCGGUGGGAGAACAAGACCAUGUACUGCAUCGUCAGCGCCUUCGGGCUGUCCAUCUGACCGCGUCCGCCCGGCCCCUCCUCCUCCUCCUCCUCCUCCUGUCCCGGCGUUUCUCGUCCGUCCUCGCCGCCCGCCGCCGGGAACCCAGCGCACACACCCCCGUCCUGUCCUCUCCGUGUCUUCUGUGGCGCACUCACAGGGUAGAGAAGAGACCGGCUGACGGCGCCGGUCCACGAUCAGCACGCCCUCGGCCAGAGGCCCGCUCUCCCCGGGCAGGCGGGGCCGACGCCCCUCGUGUGGUCCCCGGACCGCCCUGCCCACAGGUGCUACAACUCCAGUCCCCUCGCGCGCAGCUUCCUCUGCUCUCGGGAGUGAUCCAGACACACUAGUUUUCCAUACUUUGUACUUUUGCUAGAAUAAAUUAAUCCAAUUUGAAGUUUGAA